AUGGCCGUAAAUUCAAUCCCCAAUAUAUCUCCAAGAAAACUAAGACAUGAUCUCUACUCAUAUUCAUACCAACAAGACUCAAACAUCCCACUAGUCAUCUCUGUUCUUGCUUCCCUCAUUGAAAGAACAUUGGCCAGGAAUGAAAGAAUUGUCAAAAAUUGCAAUAAAUGGCCAUUGUCAAAGGAUGCUAAAACCCGGGUUUUCGACUACGAUGAGGUACCGGACAUGACGAUUCAGUCCUAUCUUGAGAGAAUUUUCAGAUACACUAAAGCCGGACCAUCUGUUUAUGUUGUUGCCUAUGUUUAUAUUGAUCGGUUUUGCCAGUUUUAUCCCGAGUUUCGACUUGGUACGAGGAAUGUGCAUAGGUUGCUCAUUACCACCAUCAUUGUGGCAUCCAAGUAUGUAGAAGACAUGUAA